AUGGCCUUUCAAACGCAUUGUAGUGUAUUGUUAUUGGUCUUUAUGGCAAUUACAGCAGGCGUUCCCGUCUCGAGUCGGGAUCAUGGCGCUGCAGCGGUCUCCUCCAGCUGUCCUCCUUGUAACUAUCCAGAGGACGUACAUGCAGAUUGUAUCUACAAGGUCAUGGCUCCUAACCCCAGGACAGGAGAAAUGUGUCCGUACUGUAUCAAUCUGUGUCCACCAACAGUUCCAAGGAAGGUCCGCAAGAUAAUCCCUAAAUCUAAACCGAAAUCGGAAAAGGCAGGAACGCGAUCAUCUAAAACGAGUACAAAAAUUGUCAAAAAGGCAAAAACCAAAUCUAAAAAGAAAUCUUCAGGGACGAAAUCAAAUACUGCCAAAAAGACGGGGACUAAAACUAAAUCCAGACGUAGAUCUACGAGGAGAACUAAGAGCAAGAAAGCUUCGCGAAGGUCGAAACCAAAAAAAGACAAGACUAAAAACCAUGCAGCUGUGGUUGAAAAACAAUCGCGUCAUACACAGCCAAUCGUGAUGCAGGACCCACAAGUACAAAUGAUGUACGGUCAGUCUCCGCAUGAUGAAGUGUCCCCGAUUGUGCCUUCUUCGAAUACUGGACAAUUAAGUGGCAGGAUGUCAGAUUACAAGGAUUCGCGAGCUCGUUCCCGGAUGCUGCCACCGGAAAUACAACCAAGUGAUCCGUACCCAAAUGACCCAUUGAUUUGGUCCGAUACGAUGAUCAGGUCCCAUUCGUCAGAUUCACGAUUUAGGUCAAAAACAAGAUACGGUGGUCAAAAUUCUCGGACCUCGUAUGGUGGAACACGCAUGCCUGAACAAGAUCAUUACUUUGUCGACCGAAGUCUUGGAUACCCCAAGUUUCAGGAGAGACAGCACAGUUCAUACCUCAACAGAUACUAUUCUAAGUCGGAUGACAGGAGCGACGACAGAAGUGAUGAUCGAAGUGAUGACUGGAAUGAUGACAGAAGCGAUGAUCGAAGUGACGACAGAAGCGAUGAUCGAAGCGAUGACAGAAGCGAUAAUCGAAGCGAUGACAGGAGUGAUGACAGGAGCAAUGAAAGAAACCAUGGCCGGAGGCCCUCGCAUAGACGUCGGGGCAGGUUUGAUGACAAUUCCAGCAAUGAAAGUGGGGAAUACCGUCGAGGACGAUCUCAAGACAGUAGCGAUGAGUAUGACUGA